AAGCAAGCAAAAAAUUCUGAUAAGAAAUUAAAGUCUAGACCAGUUGAAGAAUUAGAAUCUAGGAUAGUUGAAGAAUUAGAGUCUGAACCUAUCAAGUAUGAGAAAGUUAUUAGUAAGAUGCAAAUAGAAAACCCUGAUAAGUUAUCAGAUACUAAACCUGAUGAAUGUGAUGAAUGUUUUAGUACUUUUUGA